ACAUACAUUUGUUGUUGGAGAGCUACUGUUUCAACAGGCGAUGUUCAGCUCUUUAUUCAUGACGUCAUUACUAAAUCUAAUUUUCGUCCUUGUCCUAGUUAAGAUCUUACAACAAAGGGUUACUUCGGCAGCAGAACACGAAGAAGAUGGAUUAUUCUACUCAAGAGGAGUUGGGCGUCAAGCUGCCAAGAUAACAGCAAUAAGAGUAUACAUAGAUACGACCACAGAAAAACCAGUCUCUCAUCCAAAACAACAGUCCAAACAAACAUACACUCCCUUAGUAACAACUCCUGUACUGAGCACGGUACAGGUCCCACUUGCAAACACCUCAUCUUUCGUGUACACUUUCGUGAACCUUUUUACCUCUGCUAUGCAAAGAAUAACCUUAUUCUUCACAAAACCUUUUAGUUUCUUCUAAAGAGUUUGUUGCAUGUAAUGUUUUUAUUUAAAUAAUGUUUUUGUAUCUUGUGUAAAGUAGUAUCAGAUUCUUAAGAAGUUACAAAUAUUGAUAUUUUACUCCAUAAUUGUAAACAAAAUUAAUGUAAUAGGAUAAAUAUCAUAAAUGAGACUAACUGAGUAAAGAUAAGUUUACAAUAAUUAAUCAUGUAUUUUAAAUUAAAGUAUGAAAUUUAAAAACAAAACUAAUAAUAAUAUUAAUAGCAAUAGUAUAAACAUAACUGUACGUUGCUUAUCAAUGAUAAUUAUUGGAAGUAUUUUACCAGAAACCAAUAAUAUUCAUAUACACUAUUGUACAGUUAGUGCAAGUUUUUAUGUUACUCUACGUAGGAUACAUUAAGGGCCAUUUCCUUUUCAGAAGCAUGAGAGACAUACUUAAAACUUAUAAAUGUUUCAUGGAAAGUUGAAAUUAUAUAUUUCGUAGUAAAUGUUGGAAAUUUAACGAAGCAGUGGGCCUAUUUAUUUAAGACAUGUUUACUUGUGAAGUACAUUUUUUAUUAUAAAAACUAUAUUCGAGACAAUUUUACGUCAUCUACUUCCUUACAAAAUGUAUCUGAUCACAAUCUUAAAGUUCUGAUAUUCCUUAUAUAUAUGUAUAUCCAAUGUGAGUUCUUUCACAUCAAAUCGCUUUAGUUUGUAUAUUCAAAAUAUGGUCACUAUUAUACACUUAAGCCUCCUAAAUAUAC